GAGAGCAGAUGUGGAGCAUCAAUCCCUGCGUGCCACCAACCUGGCAAAGCAGUGAGGUCCAGUAUGGAUGUGUGUGCCACCAUCCCACCACGAGGACAUGGUGCCAGGACCAACCCAAGCGCCUGGUCUGGGCAGUGCAUCCUCCUCCAUCACCCCGUGAGUGAGGACCGGUGGUCGCAGCCCCUUUGGGUUCCUCCCAGGGACCCAUUCUCCAGUCAUCCCCUGCUUCCCACCAUUCUGGGGACCAUUUUGGGGUGCAAACCGGUCCCAGUGGUGCGCCAGGUCCUGGGGGAGCAGGGUCCUAGCCUUCGCUCCUGUCUGUUAGCAACCGGGAACAAUAGUCGUCCCACAAACAGAAGCUGCGUCGUGAUAACCUGGCGGGUCGGAGGCAUCCGGAGAGGCAGGAAGGAGCCCAGCAGAAGGAAAUAUUAAAUAGAGCAAUAUAAACACGGCGGCGGGACAGAGCUCCGCCCCAGCGCGGCCCCGUUGAAAGGGGCUGCCGCUGCCGGGUGGGGUGCGCAGAGCAUCGGCGAGAUGGAGAAGAGCAGCUACACCGUGGCCAAGUUUGGUCUGGAGGCCAAAGAGGUGAUGCCCAAGCGGGAUUGUGGGUUUUACGUGAAGUACAUCUUCCUCUUCACCUCCCUCAUCCAAUUCCUCAUCAUCCUGGGGCUGGUGCUGUUCAUGGUGUACGGCAACGCGCAAGCGGGCACGGACACACACCUCCGGCUGCUGGAGGAGCAGCUCCAGGAUCGCUACAGCAAGAUCAUCACCCUCAGCGGGAAGAACUACAACCUGACGCGCACCCUCAAUGCCACCCUCAAGGAGAAGCAAGGGCUGCAGGUCCUCGCCCAGAAGGUGCAGCGGGAACUGGAUAAGUGCAAUAGCACCCAGCCCCCCAACCCUAUCCCCAAGCUGCAGGAGAUGAUGAAGAUCAUCUUCUACCAGAAGACGAAGCUGGACGAGUGCCACAUGACCAUCAGCCUCAUCAAUGCCAGCUGCAGCGCUGACAAAGCGCUGCUGCGGAGCCAGCUGGACCAGACAGCCCUGGCCAAGAAGGAGCUGGAGGAAAACUGCCGCAAAGCGGGUGCCACGUUGACCCAAACCACCCAGGAGCAGGAAAGCUGCCAGCGGGACCUGCUCACCACCAGGACCCUCUGCGAGUCCACCAAAACCAACCUGGAGCUGCUGAAGCACGAGUGCAGUACGUUGAGGGCCGACAUGAGCUACUCCUUCCAGCGCAUCAAGGAGACGCUCAGCCCCUACAGCUGCAACACCGUCCACGAGCAGCUCAGCUGGCUGACGCAGCGGGCAGAGGGGCUUUUCCUCUGGCAGCAGGACCGAGAGACCAAAUACGUGGGGAAAAACGUCUGCGACAUGAACCUGCGCCAGUGCCACCUCAACUGCUCCGGGGAGAAGCAGCAGUUGGAGAAGCGGCUGCAGGACGCGGAGAAACAGGUCAAGGGCGGCCAGGAGGAGAAGAAGAAGCUGCUGGGAGAGAAGGAGCAGCUCAGCAAGGAGCUGGAGGAGAAGAGCAAAGCUGCUGCGCAGGCGACGUACUUCAAGGAGCAGCUCAACAUCUGCAUGGGCUCCAAGAUGGACGCCUUCUUCGACAUCACCGGCUCGCGAGUGCCGGGCAGCAGCGUGCGGCCAGGACCCUUUGCCAGCACGGGCUCCUAUGUGGAUGUUCUGAGGAACCAGGGCAUCUUUGGGAACAUGGGCAAAAUCAACGCGGAGGAGAUCCAGCGGUCGGUGCAGAAGAUCAUGGAGCAGUACACGUCCACCCUGAAGAACCCCAGCGGCUAAUGGCCAAUUGGUGCAUGGCAAACGGCAGCGAGGGGCUCGAGGACAAGCCCAGGAGGUGCUUCUCGCAGCACGGAUGGCAAAUCUCAACCAGAAGCAAGUGGCCGGCACCGGUGGUGUUGUUCCCCUGCCCAGGCUGGGGGCCACCAGCGUGGUGGGGGCCAGGGCCACCCUCCCUUGUCCCCUUCCAUGACCGCCCACGCUCACCCCCUCUCGCGUGUGUACCCGUA